AUGGCUCUAAUGUUCUCAUUGUACUCCACAGGUACGCCUAGUAGCAGCAAUGGUGAAGUAAUCACAAAUUCGGACCCACGCACUUGGCCUAAUAUGUCACCAUCCUCCAUGAUAAAUGAAAUUGUACAGAAAGGCCCUACUAAAAUUGUACCAAGAGAACAUAAUGUAGCCUUAAGGGGAACCGGCAACAAGCUCUAUCAACAAAAUAAUGGUAAUUUUCUUGUAACAUUAAGGCAGGCAAAAACUCUACAAAUUCAUGACCAUAUGACCAUUACCUUGGGAAAAACAUCCAAAAUGAAAUCAUCAAUUUCAAAAGCAAUCACAUUUUUUGGUGUAAUUCGAAGAAUAUACAUUGUUUUCAGUGCAUCCACUCAGAGAAGAGAAAUCUUACUGAACAGAUUACCAUCUUUAACAGUGAAGAAGCUUUCAUACACUCGAUGGGAAAGUAGGGUGGAGAGUGUCGCAGCUAAAAUGCACCAGACAAGAGAAGUCACAGAUGCCCUUCUUGAGGUCAGUAACAGCACUGCUGAAUUGAAAACAAAGAGUGAAGUAUACUUGCUUGCUGUGAAUGAAUUAGAAAGCUUCAAGUUUACUGUAGGCAUUGUCAUUUGGUAUGACCUUCUCUUUGCCUUUACCAUAGCAACCUGGAUUUUCCAUUGUUUGAAAGUAACAACUAAAUCCCUUGAAAGUCUGGUGAAAUUUAUCAAGAAUUUUCAUGAAGAAGGUUUUCUUAAUGCGCAGAUAACAGCAAAAGAGCUAGCUGAAAGUUUACAAAUUGAACCAAAAUUUGGAGAAAAUAGAAUUGGCAAGAAGGUGAAGCAAUUUGAUUAUGAAGUGUUAAAAAGUUCGAAAGAAUGGUUUGGUCAACUGGCUAAGUAUUCUGAAAUAUUCAGCUUUUUGUUUUCUCUGAAAAGUUUAAAAUACAUACAAGAUGAAGAACUAAAAAUGCUAUGUAAAAACCUUAAGAAAGAGCCAACUGUAAACAUAAAUGGUGAAUGUUAA